AUGCCAGAUCUGGACACUUCUGAACCGGAAGAGAUUGCGCAGGAUGAGUGUCUGGGUAACAAAGCCGAGAAGGGUGUAGUCAAGGGGAUAACUCCCGAGGAGAGUGAUUUGGCCCAUAGAAGCGAGGAUCUGGAAGAGAGGGUUGAUACCGGGUCAACUAUGACAGUGACUGAGGGGGACUUGUUCUGUGAUAAACAAAUGACUCAAAACAAGAACCCCAGGGCAGCCAAUCGUAAGAAAAGAGGUGAACCUGAGAAGAGCAGUAAGAGUAAGCGUUCAGGUGCUGGUGCUAUGACCUUAAAGGCGGAAGAUCCUCCCCUGGUUCUAACCACCCUGAAUGAAGAGUGGGCGAACAAAAUGCAAAACAUAUCAGAGAUGUAG